UUAUUAUAAAUUUGGAGAUCCCUCUCUUUUCUGGGCUAUUAAAUUGUUUCUCAUUUUUGGUUUAUAGUUUCCAUUUUAUGUUUGAUAAUAAUAAUCAUCAUUCAUCGUAACCAGAAAAUUGUUUUGUGUGAAAUUUGAUUCUGAAUAGAGAGAUUUUUUCUUUUUUUAAAUUAAAUUUUUUUUUUUUUUUUAUAACUUUCGUGACCACAGCCACAGGCUAAAAUAUCGGUUGGGCAAGUUGCUUCCUCUCUCGUCACCAUAUGGGCUCAUCAGCCUCUCAGCUUUCAACAUAUAAAGAGGCUCAUGCUCAGGCUCUUACAUUCAAAGAAGAAAAAGAGCAAAAGCUUUUUGGAUUGGUGAGGGGAGGUGAGGUCAGUGUCACAUUUUGGUCAUGAACGUCAUGGAUUCUUCUCAAGAGAUCAGCAUUGCACAAAACAACCUGGUUAUGUUGCAGACUAAACGAAUGCCAGCAAACAAGUAUAAUAAUGGCAGUCCCAUGACACCAAAAACAACUAGACUAGAAAGGCUUCUGAGGGAAAGGGAGCUAAGGAAAUCUAGAGGGAAUUUCCAGCAGAUUGAUGAGGCAAAAGAUGGUAACAAAGAGGCAGAGCUGUUGAAUGAUUCGCGUUUAGCGGAGGGUGACAUUUGGGCUGUACCUAAAGAGGAAGAUUUCUAUGAUGCGUAUGCAUUUGCGAGAGCUUUUGCUGAUGGAUGUCAAUGGCAAGAUGGGCGGCCUGCUAAACAACGUUUGUUGGUGGUAGCCAAUAGGUUGCCGGUCUCUGCUACUAGAAAGGGCGAGGACUCAUGGCAACUUGAGAUGAGUGUGGGGGGCCUAGUCACUGCACUUUUAGGCGUGAAGGAGUUUGACGCUAGAUGGAUUGGUUGGGCGGGUGUAAAUGUACCUGAUGAUGUUGGACAAAGAGCACUUACUAAAGCUUUAGCUGAAAAGAGGUGCAUCCCCGUAUUUCUCGAUGAAGAGAUUGUUCAUCAAUAUUACAAUGGAUAUUGUAACAACAUCUUGUGGCCUCUCUUUCAUUAUCUUUCGCUACCACAGGAAGACCGCCUUGCAACCACCCGUAGUUUCCAAUCUCAAUUUGAUGCAUAUAAGAGGGCAAACCAAAUGUUUGCUGAUGUGGUAAACCAACAUUAUGAGGAGGGAGAUGUUGUUUGGUGCCAUGAUUACCACCUAAUGUUUCUUCCAAAAUGUCUAAAAGAAUAUAACAGCAAAAUGAAAGUUGGUUGGUUUCUGCAUACUCCAUUUCCCUCCUCUGAAAUACAUAGGACCCUUCCUUCUCGAUCAGAGCUGUUAAGAUCUGUCAUUGCUGCUGAUUUAGUUGGUUUCCACACAUAUGAUUAUGCAAGGCAUUUUGUAAGUGCAUGUACUCGUAUUCUUGGGCUUGAGGGUACACCUGAAGGAGUAGAGGAUCAAGGAAAGCUUACUCGUGUAGCUGCGUUUCCUAUUGGGAUAGAUUCUGAACGAUUUGUUCGAGCUAUUGACCUCCCUCUAGUUCAGGAACACAUGAAAGAACUGAAACAAAGAUUUGCUGGCCGAAAGGUAAUGUUGGGGGUUGAUCGUCUUGAUAUGAUAAAGGGAAUUCCACAAAAGAUAUUGGCAUUUGAAAAGUUCCUUGAAGAAAAUCCACAGUGGCGUGAUAAAGUAGUUUUGCUACAGAUUGCUGUGCCAACAAGGACAGAUGUUCCUGAGUAUCAAAAGCUUACAAGCCAGGUUCAUGAGAUUGUUGGACGCAUUAAUGGAAGAUUUGGAACUCUGACUGCAGUUCCAAUACAUCAUCUGGAUCGAUCUCUUGACUUUCACGCGUUAUGUGCACUAUAUGCUGUUACUGAUGUAGCACUUGUUACAUCUUUAAGGGAUGGGAUGAAUCUUGUCAGCUAUGAGUUUGUUGCCUGCCAAGCUUCCAAGAAAGGCGUUCUAAUUCUAAGUGAGUUUGCAGGUGCAGCACAGUCUCUUGGCGCUGGAGCUAUUUUGGUAAACCCUUGGAACAUCACUGAUGUUGCUGCUUCCAUUAAAUACGCGUUGGAUAUGCCAUCUGAUGAAAGAGAAAAAAGGCACCAGCAUAAUUUCAAGCAUGUGACAACUCACACAUCUCAAGAAUGGGCUGCAACCUUUGUAAGUGAACUCAAUGAUACCAUUGUAGAAGCUCAACUUAGGACAAGACAAGUUCCACCUUUACUUCCAACGAACAUUGCCGUUGAUCGUUAUUUGAAAUCAAAUAAUCGAUUGCUCAUUCUGGGAUUCAAUUCUACUUUAACUGAACCAGUGGAUGCCCUAGGGAGAAAUGGUCAAAUAAAAGAACUCGAGUUUAAACUGCACCCAGAUAUUAAGGAACCUUUAAAGAAGCUUUGUGAUGACCCAAAGACAACAAUUGUUGUCCUCAGUGGCUGUGACAGAACUGUCUUGGACGAUAACUUUGGUGAAUACAACAUGUGGUUGGCAGCAGAAAAUGGGAUGUUUUUACGUCUUACCAAAGGCAAAUGGAUGACAACAAUGCCAGAAAAUUUACACAUGGAUUGGGUUGACAGUGUUAAGCAUGUUUUUGAGUAUUUUACUGAAAGAACACCUCGAUCCCAUUUUGAGGUUCGUGAAACUUCUCUUGUAUGGAACUACAAGUACGCAGAUAUUGAAUUUGGAAGACUUCAAGCAAGGGAUCUGUUGCAGCAUCUGUGGACAGGUCCAAUUUCCAAUGCAUCUGUUGAUGUCAUCCAAGGUGGCCGAUCUGUUGAGGUCCGAGCAGUUGGUGUUACGAAGGGUGCAGCUAUUGAUCGUAUCUUGGGAGAGAUAGUUCAUUACAAAGGCAUGAAGUCACCUAUUGAUUAUGUCCUGUGUAUUGGGCACUUUAUAGCAAAGGAUGAAGAUGUCUAUACAUUUUUUGAGCCAGAGCUUCCUUCUGAAUCACCACCUGCAUUGAGAGCCAUGGUAGCCAAUCUUGUCACACCAAAAACUUCAGCCAGUAAAAGUGGGUCUAAAGCAGCUCGCCUAAGGAAACAACGUUCCUUGUCUGCUUUAGAAAAGAAAGCAGCCAAUCAUGGAAGUGGGACUGCACCAGAACCUAUAUUGCAAGAUAAAACAUCACUAUAUGAGGGUUCUUCAGUACUUGAUCUCAAAGGCGACAAUUAUUUCUCUUGUGCUGUUGGACGAAAGCGAUCAAACGCACGAUAUCUUCUUGGAUCAUCAGAUGAUGUUGUCACCCUCCUUAAGGAACUGGCGCAGUGUUCAUCAUGUAGUUGAUUACAUUAUGCCUACUGCAAAUGUUCCUGCCACUCUGAAGAUGCUCAUGUUCUGUGCGUGUCUGCAAGCCAGGCCUGGUCAGAUCUUUCCAUGCCAAGUGAAUGGUUCAUUUACUUUGUGCCUAGAGCUAGACACAGAAGCCAAUUUUUAGCUUUUGGGAUGCAGAAAGUCUGUGGACAACUUUUGUGGCACAACUUUGAGUGUGAUUGGUGGAGAAAAAGUUAUCAGUUUAUGUGAAAGUGACAAACAACCAUUUAUAUAAUUAACUACAUCAGAAUUGUGGCACAAAAGUUAUGGUCUUAGAAGAAACUGUAAUAUCUUGUGGAAGGAUUCAAUCAAUUAUCCAAAGUGGGGUAGUCCACCUCCACCAUGUUUACUAUU